CCAAAACCAAGGCAUCAUCAUUAUCAAUGGAGAGCUGCAAGGCAAAACUGGGUUUAAUGGCGUGGCUGGUGCUGAGCUCAUUAACGACGGCGAAUUCCACCUCUUUUCAAGAAUGCUACGCCACCUGCUUCGUCAUAUGCGCCAUCACGCCCGGCGUCGCCUUCUCCGACUGCCCAUUGAGAUGCCUCCAAGCCUGCAUUAUCCCAUCUUUUCCUAUCCACAACGCCGCCGCCGACGACGACGUCCACCGGCAACAAAAGAACCAGUUCUUCUGCGAGCUCGGCUGCGCCGCCUCCUCGUGUACCAAGUUCAGCACCCACCAAAACCCAGCUGAAAAGAAAGUGGGAAGCUGUGUGGAUUCGUGCUCUCGGACAUGCUCCAUGGAUUGAUCUUAGCCGUUCAACUACUCGACCGUAAUUUAAUAAAUUUUCGAGAUGCCAACGGUUAGAAAUCACGACUCUCUACAAUAAUAUGAUAUUGUCUACUUUGAAAGUUCCAAUAACUUUACUCAUGAAGAUGUAUUUUUUACUUAUAAAUUCAUCGUCAUCUUCUAAAUUAGCCAAUAUGAGACAACAAUCUUAACACCAAUUUCAUCCGAAUUGGGCGCGCCUCUUAAGUGGCCCCAAUUAUUGACUGGGGUUUCGAUAGCAGUUGGACGGAUCUAGGGACUAGGUGCCUUCUCAGAUCUCGCGGGUCUUGCCUAUAGGUCGUGCUAUUAUUAAAUAAAGUGUUAAUGUGAUUGAGAGGGUCACGGGAUGGCAUUAUUAUUAUUAUUAUUUGAUUGAACAUAAUUUUGGGUAUAUAUGGCCCGUGAACUUUGUUUGGCAUUAUUAUUAUUAUUAUUUGAGGACACCCAUUUUCAA